GUAAUAUACACAGAUGAAUUGAAAACAUUUAACUUCUACGCAAGUGAUAUACAGAUUGGGGGAUGCGGUGAUGAAAACUGGCAACACACGGACGCGCGAAAAUCAACAUUUAGCAUUUCCGGGUUGAUUCAAAGCGUCAUAAAAGUUUUAAAAACAUGACGUUCUUCGCCUUUCUAAGUGUAAAAUACAUUUUUUAGAGGUAUUAAACGCUAACUAAGCGCAUUAAGUAGUAAAACACACAGUCAGACUGCGCUUAUUUCUAAAAAGAAACCUGUUUUUAGCUGUUAGCUUGACAAAAAGAAGUGGAGUCCGGAUCCUUAAACCGACUGAAUGGAUCAACAUGGAUCGCUACAAUGAGGUGAAACUUCUGCUGAAAAACUGGGAGCAAAGUUUUGUCGAACUGCACCAGAGGAAGCCCAACAAGGAGGACAUUGAUCAAGCUCCAGAACAGACAAAAAAGCUAUAUAAGGAGUAUCGCAGUUUAAAACAAGCCAAAGAGAACAGCAGCAGCAGGGAUGCAUCCAGCAGUCAGACUCCAGAGAGCAACACAACACCCAAGGAGUCUGAUUGUUGGGGUGCCCAUCUGAACCGCAAAGCAAUGCCGGUGUCUGCUCCCAGGCUGACUUCCCAGGACAAGGAUAGUCUUAUGGCGUCCCCUCAGUAUUAUGGACUAAAGCUUAAAAACAACCUUGCUGCACUCAGUAAGGAGAGACCUUUGUCAUUGAAGAAAGUACACCGGACCGGUCGAGUUCCUCUAAAUUCUUUGAAAGAUGACCAGAGCUUACAGGAGAACAGUCCCAGGUCCUCCACUGAUGCAGGAAAACCUGAAACAGCUGAUCGAGACCUCAGCCUCUUCUCUCCAAGAGGAAUGAAGCCAUGUCUGGAUUCAACGUCUCGUGAAGCUCCGGAUUCAGCAGAGCAUGAGGAGCAGUUAGAACCAUUUAAAGCUAAACCUGCUGAUGAUACAACCCACAGCUCCUCUCCAGCCAGAUCUUCUCUCCUCUUAUCAUCCUUGUCUCCUCAGCGGCGCGCCGAAGCCACUGGAACGUUAAAUGAAAGUGCAAAAGACGGAGAAGCUCCACCGGACUCGGUUGGUGUCGAAUGUAGCCGACCUUUGGUUGGUGGUUUGGUGAGACGGCCUUCCCUUCCUAACAGGCUGAGCUUCGUUGACAGGAAGUGGCUGGAAAGGUGUCAGGUGUUCGGAGAGAUGGAAGCUGAGGAGAAACCUGGAGGAGGCAACCAGGAUACUAAAGCGGAGACAAAUGAAAGAAAAGUACCAGAAUCAGAAGGUGAAAGCGUGACAAAAGAGGAAAAAUACGUGGAGGGUGAAAGAAAGGGAUCAGUAGAUUUCAGAAAGGAGAAAAAUCUUAAGAAUGUGAAUGGAAGAUGGGAAGGAGAAGAAAAAAGAGAGAAAGAUAGUGAAGAGGUGUUCGUUACACCAGGAAAUGACGGUGAGAAUAGUCCUAAAAGUACAAAGAAAAGGGGAAGAAAGAGGCAGAGAGAGGGUGGCGACACUGGAGAAAACACACCUGAAGAUGGAGGAGUGAAAAAGAGACGUAAGAAAGAAGAAGAAAACUCUAAAUCAGGUGAUGGAGGAGGAGAGAAAAGAAGGCGAACCAAGAAAAAACAUGAAGAUGGAGCGGAGGAGACGGAGAUAAAACCAAAGGUUCCUCAGGAGAACUUGUUUGGAGAGUUAGAGGACGAGUUCAGGACUUCCGGGUCGUGUCAAGCACAGCCGGUGAAGGCCAGAAUAAGGAAAGGCGCAGAAGGUAAUUUUGUGAAGAUCAAUCUGAAGAAGAAAUCUCACGUGAAAGGAUACGCUCUCCGAGGGAUGGCUUUACGCAAACAGUUGUACGUGCAGAAAUUCCAGUUGAAGGGCGAGCGUUUCGGUGGAGGCGGGGGCCGUUUUGGUGGAGGACGGAGGGGCUGCUUCAGAGGGGGGCUCAGUCGGCAGGGCGACACCUGCUACAGGUGUGGAGGAACCGGGCACUGGGCCGUCGAGUGCCGGGGACGAGCUCCACAACUUCCUGUUUUGGAGGAUAAAUCCGAAGAAGAAGAAGAAGAAUCAUUUGAACUACCAACCCUGGAGGAGGUUGCCAGGGCGACGGGAACACUACAACCUCAGCCACUGGCAACGUCCUACAGUGUUGAUAAUGAGCAACAGGAAGUGGACACCGGCACUCGGGAUGAUGUGUUGCUGAAUGUGAUUCGCCCCGACUACGAGCGGCCUCCUGCUCCGCCCCCCAUGGAGCCACUUUAUCAUCUCACAGCUGACGGAAAAGUUCGGGGAGCACCCGAUGAGGUGUUUGCUGCUUUAAGAGAGCUUGGCUAUCAGUCCUUUAGACCUGGACAAGAGAAGGCCAUCAUGAGGAUCCUGUCAGGCUUCUCCACCCUUGUGCUGUUAUCCACUGGAAUGGGUAAAUCGUUGUGUUACCAGCUGCCGGCGUACCUGUACGCUCAGAGAUCCAAAUGCAUCACUUUGGUCAUUUCACCGCUAGUUUCUCUCAUGGACGACCAGCUGUCAGGGCUUCCCGCCAAGCUCAAAGCAGCCUGCAUCCACUCCAACAUGACGAUGAAGCAAAGAGAAGCUGCGAUAGAGAAGGUGAAGUCCGGCCAGGUGUGUGUGCUGCUCCUGUCUCCGGAGGCCUUAGUUGGCGGAGGUGGUUCAGGUGCGGGGUGUUUGCCCUCGGCUCAGGAGCUCCCCCCUGUGGCUUUCGCUUGCAUAGACGAAGCUCACUGCGUGUCAGAGUGGUCCCACAACUUCCGGCCCUGCUACCUGAGGCUUUGCAAGGUUUUACGGGAGCGCCUGGGGGUCCGGUGCAUGCUGGGACUCACGGCCACAGCCACCCUGUCCACCGCGCUGGACAUCGCUCAUCAUUUAGACAUCAGCGACAAAGAUGGCAUCGCUGUGAGGUCUGCUGCCGUGCCUCCAAACCUGAAUUUGUCUGUGUCCACGGAUAAGGAAAAGGACCAGGCUUUAGUUUCCCUGCUGAAAGGCGAUCGUUUCGGUUGUCUGGACUCCAUCAUCGUCUACUGUACCCGGCGGGAGGAGACGGUUCGUGUGGCUGCACUGCUUAGGACCUGCCUGCAGGGGGUGCUGGUGAAAGAAAACACCCAAACAAGUAGUGGCAGUGAGGCUCAGAAAAACCCAAUGGGACAGAGAAAAAAAGAACUGGCGAGGAAGAAGAUUCGCAAACCCCUGAAGUGGCAGGCUGAGGCGUACCAUGCCGGUCUGUCCGGGUCAGAGCGGCGCCGCGUCCAGAACAACUUCAUGUGCGGGGAGCUCCGGAUUGUCGUGGCAACCGUGGCGUUCGGCAUGGGGCUGGAUAAAUCAGACGUCCGGGGCAUCGUCCACUACAACAUGCCAAAGAGCUUCGAGAGCUUCGUUCAGGAAAUCGGGAGGGCAGGGAGAGAUGGAGACCCGGCUCAUUGUCACCUGUUCUUGAAUUCUGAGGGUAGCGACCUCCACGAGCUGCGUCGCCACAUCUACGCCGACACCGUCGACUACUACACGAUCAAAAAACUGAUCCAGAAGGUUUUCCCCGCGUGCAAAUGCAAACAGAUUCAGCAGAAGCAGCAGGAACUCUGGAAGGACGUUGAAGACUCUGAGCUGCUGGAAGUGAUGGAUGUGUGUGAUGGACGAGGUGCGGCGCUCGCAGAUGAGCAGACAUCAGAUUCAGAGGGAUACCUACAGGGGAAGAGAGGUGAAGCAGAAGAUGGCUGGCCAAAGGAGCGAGUGUGUCACACGCAUGAACGAGCGAUUCCCAUCCAGGAGACCGUGGAGGCCCUGGACAUUAGAGAAGAAGGUUUAGAGACGCUGCUGUGCUACCUGGAGUUGCAUCCGCAGCGAUUCGUCGAGCUUCUCCAUCCAACCCUGUCUCUGUGUAAAGUCCGGUGUUACGACGGACCCCGACAGCUCCGGAAGAUCACUAAGAUCUGUCCUCCGGUUGCCGUGGCGCUGGCCAGGAGGAGAAUGGCCGGCGAACAAGUGGAAAGGUUUAAUGAGGUCGAGUUCGACGUCGUCGAGGUAGCGGACACUAUGGGAUGGCAGCUUCCCGUCGUGAAGAGAGGACUCAGGCAGCUGCAGUGGAGCACCGACAGAGGUGGCGGAAGGAGCGGCGUCCUGGUUGAAUUCUCCUCCCUUUCUUUCCACUUUCGUUCCUAUGGCGACCUGAGCGACGAGGAGAUGGACAGAGUUUGUCACUUCCUCCACGGUCGAGUGCAGGACCAAGAGAGGACUCAGCUCUUCCAGCUCACGGCCUGUUUUAAGGCCUUUAAGAGCGUUGCCUUCCAAAGUGUGAUGUCCUGCAUGGACGGUCUGGAGGAGAGUCGCAGUUUGCAGCUGAAGAAACUUCUCUCUGAAUAUUUUGACAAGAGGGACCGAGAUCAGCGGAGAUCUGCAGAGCAGCCAGAAGAACUCGAGGAGCUGGAGAAAUAUAAGCUUUCAGAAUGGGAGAACCAGAUCAGAGCUGAUAUCAGAAGCUUCAUCUCCAUCCGAAGUGAUGAGAAGUUUUCAGGCAGAGCCGUCGCGAGAGUCUUUCACGGCAUUGGCAGUCCUUGUUAUCCUGCUCAAAUAUACGGCAAAGACAGACGUUUCUGGAGGAAAUACAUCCAGUUUGACUUCAACCAACUCAUCAGAAUGGCCACUCAGGAGAUCCUUCACUUCAAGUGACCCCAUUCGCUCCCAAAACCUGGAAAUGCUUGCAUUUCUUAUUCAUUCACAGACUUGUCUUGUGCUUAUUUUAUAUGUAUUUAACCCUCCCACUGUCUUUAUGGGUGACCCCACAAAGAAAGUUGACCAUUGAGCAGGAUCGAUG